AUGAAGCCUACGGACGUUCAAUUCGUCAUUGGCCUAUCCGGCUACUUUGUCAAGGAUCUCGAGGCAGUUCGCCGGAGUCCAGCAUAUGAUCCUUUAAGAGACGACAUCCCCCCAUGCACACCGGGUUUCCGAAGCGUCGUACAAGCUGGGCAAGUUAUUUCGAUUAUCCUGCAUUUACCUUGCGGCGGAAUCGCAGUUGGAGACAGUGUUGAUGUCAUUUUCUCAGGCGCUGCGUCCCGAGAGCCAUGGCUGCUCAGCUGCGACCUCUCGCAUUUUCGGCACAAUGCAGAACGGGUCGACUUGCCCUGGACGGAAUUACACGGUCGCAGGCUCCACUCCGCAAUUCGGUAUGGCCUCACCCAAGCGCUCCUUGCAGCCACCGCACUGGCUCAGCGCCGUACCAUCGCCGAGGUGAUAUGUCACGAGUGGAGUCUCGGCUCAAUCGCAGAUCGUCCUGUUGACAUUCUCGCCUCCUGCCAUCGCAACGACGCGCUCCAGCUGGACCGAAUGAUCAUGAAGAAGGCCCCGAUGCUCCCCCACGCCUCGUUUGUGCAUGCCUCCGAUAUAGGUCCCCACGGUAUGGUGCUGAUGGACUACGUGGACACCGUCGCUCGUCGCAUUCGGCAACGAGCUCCCCCAGGCUAUCACCCCCGUCUUCAUUUCGACGUCUACGGUACGCUAGGAGACGUCUUCCCGGAGACGACGAGGCUGGCUGAUUUUCUCGGCCGGCUACGUCAGCGCGCACGACCCUACGCCCUCCUCAUCGAAUCUCCGAUCAUUGCGCCAUCCAAGCCGGCGCAGAUCCAGCGAUUAGCGGCUCUCCGCGCUUGUCUAAAGCGGAAGAGCAUCGAUGUCAGGAUCGUCGCCGACGAAUGGUGCAAUACGCUGCCGGACAUUCGGGAUUUCGCGGACGCAGACGCGGUCGACUACGUGCAGAUCAAAAUGCCCGAUCUGGGCGGGGUCGAUCAGAGUAUUGAUGCCGUGCUGUAUUGCCAAGGCAAGGGGAUCGGGUGCUGUCUGGGGGGGUCGGCGAAUGAGACGGAUGUGUCUGCUCGCAUCACAGCGCAGGUGGCGCUGGCGACGAGGCCGGAUUUCUUGCUGUCGAAACCGGGGAUCGGAGCUGAUGAGGGGCUGAUGAUCCUUACCAAUGAGAUGCUGCGGGGGAUUGCAUUGGCAAAGAGAGCACAUUGUAAGUUGUAA